AUGCCGGACGCCGCUGCCCACCUGCCCUUCUACUACGGCAGCAUCGCGCGCGCGGAGGCCGAGGAGCACCUGAAGCUGGCGGGGAUGGCGGACGGGCUGUUCCUGCUGCGGCAGUGCCUGCGCAGCCUGGGAGGCUACGUGCUGUCCAUGGUGUGCGACCUGCAGUUCUACCACUACCCCAUCGAGCGCCAGCUCAACGGCACCUACGCCAUCCUGGGGGGCAAGGCGCACUGCGGCCCCGAGGAGCUCUGCGAGUUCUACUCCAAGGACGCCGACGGGCUCUGCUGUCCCCUGCGCAAGCCCUGCAACCGCCCCAGCGGCGUGGAGCCCCAGCCCGGAGUGUUCGACAGCAUGAGGGACAACAUGGUGCGGGAAUACGUGCGGCAGACCUGGAAACUGGAGGGGGAUGCCCUGGAACAGGCCAUCAUCAGCCAGGCUCCCCAGGUGGAGAAGCUCGUGGCCACCACAGCCCACGAGAGGAUGCCCUGGUACCACGGCAAUAUCAGCCGGGAGGAAGCAGAGAGGAGGCUCUACUCGGGGGCACAGCCUGAUGGCAAAUUCCUGCUGAGAGAAAAGAAGGAGAACCGUGCCUAUGCCCUGUCCCUCGUCUAUGGCAAGACUGUGUAUCACUACCGGGUGGGUCACGAUAAAUCUGGGAAAUAUUCCAUUCCUGAGGGCACCAAGUUCGACACGCUCUGGCAGUUGGUGGAGUAUUUAAAACUCAAACCAGACGGGCUGAUUUUCUACCUGAGGGAAGCCUGCCCCAACCCCAACAUGCCAGCCUCUGCAGCACCAGUUCCACCCACCCACCCCUCCGUGAGUAGAAACCUGGGCCCCCUCAAUGCAGAUGGAUACACCCCAGACCCUGUAGGGGCAGGAAAAUCCCGGCUGCUGCCCAUGGACACCAGCGUCUACGAGAGCCCCUACAGUGACCCCGAGGAACUGAAAGACAAGAAGUUGUUCCUGAAGAGGGACCACCUGAUGAUUGAUGAGGUGGAACUGGGGGCCGGAAACUUUGGCUGCGUCAAGAAGGGAGUUUACAAAAUGAGGAAGAAGCAGAUUGACGUGGCCAUCAAGGUGCUGAAGAGCAACAAUGAGAAGACAGUGAAGGAUGAGAUGAUGAAGGAAGCACAGAUCAUGCACCAGCUGGACAACCCCUACAUUGUCCGCAUGAUUGGGGUGUGUGAGGCCGAGUCAUUGAUGCUCGUGAUGGAGAUGGCUUCUGGAGGGCCCCUCAACAGGUUCUUGGCUUCCAAGAAGGACGAGAUUACAACAAGCAACAUCGUGGAGCUGAUGCACCAGGUGUCCAUGGGAAUGAAGUACCUGGAGGAAAAGAACUUUGUCCACAGGGACCUGGCAGCCAGGAAUGUCCUGCUGGUCAACCAGCACUACGCCAAGAUCAGUGACUUUGGGCUCUCCAAGGCUCUGGGGGCUGAUGACAGCUACUACAAGGCCAGGACAGCAGGGAAGUGGCCCUUGAAGUGGUACGCCCCAGAGUGCAUCCUCUACCACAAGUUCUCCAGCAAGAGCGAUGUGUGGAGCUAUGGUGUGACCAUGUGGGAGGCCUUCAGCUUUGGGCAGAAACCCUACAAGAAAAUGAAGGGCCCCGAGGUGAUCAGCUUCAUAGAGCAGGGCAAGCGCAUGGACUGUCCCCAGGAGUGCCCAGCAGAGAUGUACGCCCUGAUGCAGCAGUGCUGGACAUACAGAUGGGAAGAACGUCCAGGAUUUGUGGCUGUGGAAAACAUCAUCCGCUCCUACUACUACUGCAUCGCUGCCAAGCCUGAAAAUGGGCCAGACACAGGGGACAAGGCCAAAGCAGCUCUUCCUUGA